AUGAAUUCCAACGAUAAUAAUAAUAAUAAUUCAAAUGUGAAUAAUAUCUUUUGUAAUGCAACACUAUCUAUUGGGAAUAAAAGUGGUACCCCUGAUUAUGUUGUUUCUUUAGGUGAAUUAUGUUCUAUUGAUUCUAUUCAAUCGAAUAUCAAUACUGUUUCUAUUCCGUACAAUGAUAGAGAGGAAAUGGAUUAUACUACUACUUCUGCUUUAUACAAAUUGAUCACCAAUUCAAAUGUGACUACUCUAAGACAUGUUCAAUCGUUAUCGAUGAAACUACCUGACAAUCUGACUUGUAUCAGUUUCGAUAUUCAUUUCAAUGAACCGUUAACAGCUGGAUUCCUGCCAGCUUCUCUGAAGAUUUUAAAGUUAGGACCAUCGUUUAAUCAAGUGUUUGGAAUCGGUCAGCUACCCAAUACAUUGGAGGAAUUAGAGCUCAACUACAGGUACAACCAACCCAUUCAGCCAGGAGCUUUACCUCCGUCACUCAAGAUACUGAAACUCAAUCAUUUAUUUAAACAUGAACUAGAGGUUGGAUCUUUACCGCCAAAACUCGAGGUUCUCCACUACUCUGGACACGACAUUGUCAUCAAAGAAACUGGUGUUUUACCUAAUACACUAUACACACUCACCAAUGCCCCGGUAUCGUGGAUCGCCGCAAUCAGACUUCUACCGAAUAUCAAAGGUUUGAAAUUCUAUCAGAAUGAAAGCGUUCCAAUAUUCGAUCUUGACCAACUUCCACCCAACCUAACCAGGCUAUCUAUCAACACGGUCAAUACAACUUUAAAGUCAAGAAUGCCAUCCACAAUCACACACUUGAAUAUCUGUUAUACCAAUUACGAUAUCGAUGAGAUAUUCCCAGAGAGAUCACAAUAUCACUUUACGAAAUUGAUUCUCAGUGGUACGAAACAAGACGAUAUCAGCCAUUUGAAAAUUCGUGAACUGAAGCUUCGAUUCACUGGUGACGACGAUGAUGAUGUUUCACUGAAACUAAUUAAGAUUCCAUUUGGUGUUAAGCUGCUUACUUUAGAUUCUUCGCUACGAAUCGACGACCCGUCAAGCAUACCAUCUUCAGUCACCACAAUAACAGUUGCCAAGCCGUCUAGCAUCAAGAGAUUGGAUCUUCUGCCAAGCACAGUUAAGGAAUUGAUUACUUCUGAGCAAGGAAUCAAUUUAUUAAAAGAAAUCAUUCCAAGCUCAAUCGAAAAACUAAUCGUAUCAGGAUCACUGACCAACAUACCGAAUACAUACAAAUCGGGUUGUAACGAUGACCAAUAA